AUGACGCUCGAUUUAAAAUUUAUGUCUCUCAUUGACAAAACGUUGAAAAUUUCAUGGAAGGCUGAUAAAGGUUUCAUACGUUUUUUAGAAAAUUCAGAAACGCCAUUUAGUCAAAAUCCUUUCAAAAAGGUGCAUCAGGCUAAUGUUUCAGAAGCAAACACGUUUCUAGUUAACAAGGCUUGUCAUACAAACAGGGAUACCGGUUACAAAGCUGUUUUUAUGUUUAUCGGCAAAUCAAAGUCGGACAUUGGAUUCACAGCUGUUCAACCACCUGUAAAAAAUUUUAUAAUUUAUUCAGGCAACUUGAACUUCACUAAAACUGACGUAAUCGUUAAUCACCUUACCAAUUUUGGCAUCAAUCUUAUUAGAGUUUUACCGAUAACGAAAAAGACAAAUUUAACAACCAACCAAACAAAUCCGAUGGAUGGAAACUCUAGUUUCAGGCUCUGUGUCCCUCAAGAUUAA